UCGACAGACGGAAGUUGUCAUUGACACAGAACCAGGGGACGUUUUCUCGGUUUCUCCCAGAAACCAGUGAGUCCAGGCGGGUCACGAGUUCGAACACUCCGAGGGUCGAGUCCCAACAUCCGGAGCCGCAGACAUGACGCAGGACAAUAUCUUCCUCUUCGUCCCCAAUUUAAUCGGUUAUGCCCGUGUGGUGCUGGCUCUCCUGUCCUUCUACCUGAUGCCCAUCAGUCCGUGGCCAGCUGUCUCCUGUUACCUGCUCAGUGCUCUGCUCGAUGCCUUCGAUGGCCACGCUGCUCGGGCUCUGAAUCAGUCCACAAAGUUUGGAGCCAUGUUGGACAUGUUGACGGACCGCUGUGCCACCAUGUGUCUGCUGGUCAACCUGUCCCUGCUCUACCCGUCCUACACCUUCCUGUUCCAGCUCAGCAUGUGUCUGGACAUCGCCAGCCACUGGCUGCACCUGCACAGCUCGACGAUAAAAGGAUCCACCAGCCACAAGAGCAUCGACCUGUCAGGGAACGCCCUCCUGCGGCUCUACUACACCUCCAAGCCCGUGCUGUUCGUGAUGUGCCUCGGGAACGAGCUCUUCUUCUGCCUGCUCUACAUCCUUCAUCACGUCUCAGAACCUGCUGCGUGGGUCUACUGGCUUCAGGGCCUGUGUGGGACCAUCUGCCUGCUGAAGUCCGGCAUCAGCCUCGUGCACCUCGUCACCGCCUCACAGAACAUGGCCGCCCUGGACGCCGCGGAGCGAGAGGAGAGCAGGAAGCAGCAGUGAGCGAGAGCCCAGCACCAAGACACCACCACCUUUAAUGUAUUACUGUUAUUGUUAUGAAUUGAAAGGGGAACAGGAGACUCGUGCACUGUUGAUGUGAAACACUUGAGUUUAUCAGACAGAUUGAAUCUUCAUGACCAAAUAUUACAACAUGAGAAAUUCCAGAUCCAGGCAGGAGAGAGGCCGACGCCUUUUAUUUGAUUAUUGACUCUGUACAGAAAAAACAGAAUCAGGCUCCGCCCACAAUCAUGAGUUUCCUCAAAUUAAAACGCAUCUUUGUUGCUAUGGUUACGGCCGGCGCAGUUCUCCGGCCUCUGAACCAGAGUCUGGUUUGAACUGGUGAACUGGUGGAUUUAGUUUGAACUGGUGAACUGGUGGAUUUAGUUUGAACUGGUGAACUGGUGGAUUUAGUUUGAACUGGUGAGCUGGUGGAUUUAGUUUGAACUGGUGAGCUGGUGGAUUUAGUUUGAAAACUCUGGGCUUGUGUUUUAGAGACUUUGGUAAACGAUGACACAGACGUUCUCUUCCUGAUUGGUUCCCAUCAGUCACAUGACUCGACCACCAGUGAUGAACACUUCCUGUCAGUUACAGUUCCACCUCGUCUUCACUGCUCUGACUCUUCAUCAAGUCACCAGCUGCAGAGGAGACAAUCUACUUCCUAUUUACAUCACAUGACCAGUCUGAUUUCAGGUGUGUGUGUGUGUGUGGGGGGGGGGGGGAGUAUUACUGAAACAGACACUGAUUUAGUGUUAAAACUAAAACAUGUCAGUGUGGGCGGAGCCUGUCAGUGUUUCCUGCUCAGAUUAACGUGUUAGCGUGGCCUCACAUGGUUCAUUGUGCUGCAGCUCACUCAGAUUCACUCAGAUUCAUUUUCAGACAUUUACUACUUUCUAAUCUGCUUUCAUAUUCUGAAUGCAUCGUUCAUGUUUUACAGAUCCGUUCAAAACGCUCUUACGUGUUAAACCUUGAAUAUGAAGUGAGAAAGUUCUCACUGGAGGAUUGAAUCCAUCAGUCCACCUACAGAAACUAUGAGAACCGAACAAUAUCAGUGUUCGAUGUUAAAGUAUUUGUGUCUGAGACUUACUCUUUAAUCAACGCACGUUAUACUCCUCGUAGUUUUUUUCCAGAAUCUCUCAUUGAACGGUGAAUAAACACCGGAGGUAACCUGAAGGCCCUGAAACCGCACUUUAACAGACCUGGGACCUGGUCCUAAAACAUCUUCUCACCUGGAUCCAGACCAUAAGUUACAAACUGGCCCUUAAACAACCGUCGAGUCCUGUCAAUAAGAACGUUUUGUCCCUGUUUGUUUCACUUUUAUUCUUAAUUUUCUGUAAUUUCGACCAAAAUCCUGACGCUGUCUCUCUCCCUCGGACAUCAAACCAAACUGAGAGCUCUUUAAAUUCCUCUGGUGCUCGAUCGAUGGAGAUUCACUGAUGAUUGUUGCAUUGCGAUCACGUCGUGCUUUGUUAUUUCUAAUGUUCUUCCCUUGUGGUAGGAGGAGUGUUUUCUCUUUCCAGUGGAUUUAGACUCAGAGUAAUGCAGGUCAUACGUUUCACCUCUUACCAAGUGUCAGUGUGUGUUUUAACUUUGUGCUGCUGAUGUGUUCCAAUCCUCAAUGUGUUGGGUUCUAAAUAUUUGCCUCUUGUUUUUGAUGAAACUAAUAUGUGUUAUUCUAAGAUACAACUUUACAUGAACUUCAAAGCCUAUGAUAUGUUAUAGUUAAAAUAAUUUAAUUGUAGUAAGACUAUAUUUGAUGUAUAUUUAGUUUGAAGUGCAGGUGGUUUCAAUUCACUGUAAAAGCAGCUACAAAAUAAAGACAAUGAAAAUCA